AUGGCAACACAAGCCACCCUCUUCACCCCAACCCCCUCAGCCCCAAAGACCAGCGUUGAGCGCUCCACUGUCCCAUGGAAGCAAUCAGUGUCCUCCUCCUUCAUGGCCCCAAAGCCACUCAUGCUCUCCUCCACCACAAGAACCAUGAGGAUCAAUGCAGCAGCAGAAGAGAAAACUGUGGCCCCACCAAAGGAGGCUCCAGUGGGCUUCACCCCACCAGAACUCGACCCAACAACCCCAUCACCAAUCUUUGGUGGCAGCACGGGAGGGCUGUUGAGGAAAGCCCAGGAAGAAGAGUUCUAUGUGAUCACAUGGGAGUCUCCAAAGGAGCAGAUUUUUGAGAUGCCAACUGGAGGAGCAGCCAUUAUGAGGGAGGGUCCUAAUUUGCUGAAACUGGCUAGGAAAGAGCAAUGCUUGGCUCUUGGGACAAGGCUGAGGUCAAAGUACAAGAUCAAGUACCAGUUUUACAGGGUGUUCCCUAAUGGGGAGGUUCAAUAUUUGCACCCAAAGGAUGGAGUUUACCCUGAGAAGGUGAACCCAGGGCGCCAAGGGGUUGGCCAGAACUUCAGGUCUAUUGGGAAGAAUGUGAACCCAAUUGAGGUCAAGUUCACUGGCAAGCAAGUUUAUGACAUAUAA